GCACUUUUUAUGCUGAAAGUAACAGACCAUUAGUAUAUUUCGAUAUUUAUGACCGAAAGUUGUAAUAAUUCUGUAAAGAGUACCGUGAAUGUGUUAGGAACUGAUGAGAAUCCUAUUAUUAUUGAACAGUCAACAAGCAUUGAUUCCACGUCGUUGUUCAUUUCCGAUUCAUUAAAUACUGAUUAUAAGGAUCCAAUCCGAAGAGUGCGUCCAGAUGCUUACAGAAAAUCUAUGCAAGCAAGAAGAUGUGUACAACAUUUAAGAAAAUUAAAAUCUCAUGCAAAUAUCCGUUAUUCCACUUCUGUUGUAUCUACAUUUGAUAAUGAUAACAAUAAUAAUGAUAGUAAUAAUAAUGAUAAUAGUAAUGAUGGCGAUAGCCCUACAUCUAUAACAUGGUAUGACUUGGAUAUUUCACAAUAUGAAAAAUCUAAACCAAGUCAUGAUAAAGUCAUCUCCUAUGAAGAUUAUUUAGCCUUACCUAUUGAAAUACGUUAUCCACUUAAUUAUGUCAGUGAUCUAUUCGAAGAUCUUCAUCCUCAAAGUAGCAUGGACAUGAAUAAUGAAAGUAAUCGUGAAGAAUAGACAGUUUUACUAUUGCUCUCUGUUUUUGUUUUGUUUGGUUUUGCUCUUACAAAAUGAUGACAGAUCGAUUUUAACUGUUAAUAUAGCUCACUUCAUUAUGCAUGGAUAGACUAAUUACAACACAAAACAUACUACAGUUUGUAUUUAUAACCACCUUUUUUUUAAAAA